GUCAGGCAAAGUCGAACUUAUCUUGCUGAAGUCACUUUCUGGUCUCCUGCCUGCUCUGUGGACUUUGCUAGGACUUUGGGUAGAGCUGCAGAGGCAAGCCUGAUUCGGAUUUCCCUGACCCGGCCGUCAGCGGAGGAGUGGGACACGACAUUGUCCUGGAUGAAACCCAGAGUGUGCAGGACAGUAAAAUGGCACGUAGUAAAAUGGCACUCAAAGAUGAGCUGCAGAGAGAAUUCCCGAGUCAGUAGCAGGCAUGGGAGGAAGAUCAAGCAGAGGAAAGAGCCAUGACAAGCCAAGAAAGAGCUUACAUAGAAUGUACUAUUGACAGAUACCUGAGCUGGUUGACACUGGGAAAUUCUAUCAGUGGCUGGAAGGGGCUGGACUAAAAGAAACUGAUCACAGCAACACAAGAAUAGACAUUCAGCACCAGAUCCAUAGAAGCAAGGGUCUACCACACUAGACAGGACCUUUGGUGCAGAUUAUUCAGAGAGGCCUCUGAGACAGACUCCGAGAUGCAGGCAGGAACAGCAUACACUAAACAGCACAACCAAGUUGUUGGCAUUGUAUACAGGAGCAUCUGCACAGUGUAUGGGCUAGAUCCUCCCAAGUCCAGAUGGGAGAGUCAACAUAGGACUAUGGAAAAUAUUAGGGCUAAGAUCCUGUGGGACUUUCAGAUCCAGAUACACAAGCAGGCGUUGGCCAGGCAACCAGACAUGGUAGUAGACAAAGAUCAGAAGAUGGCAGUGAUGAUAGGUGUAGUGGUGCCAAAUGACAGCAACAUCAGGGAGAAGGAGAAGCUGGAGACGUACUAAGGCCUGAAGAAAGAAUUAGACUGUGAAGGCCAAAGUGGUCCUACCACCACUGGAUGCUGUGGCUCCAACAGAUCCCAGAAACAACUUUAGAUUUCUCUGUCAGAAAGAGUUCAGUGCUAAGAAUAGUUAAGAUACUCUGCAGGACCCUCAGACUCUCAGGCUCUGGUAGAGGACCCAAGACUGAGGAAGACACAUACAACCAUAUGGCUGCGAAAUUCCUUAUUUGCCAUUUAAGUGAACCCCUUUACAAAUAUAUUUUUAAAUGAUGUGUGCGUAUGAAUAUUUUUAGAAGAAACAAGAUCACUCAUUAAAUGUUUAUGUUAUUCCAGUGAUCAAAUCUUAUAAAUUAAAAUUCCCUCUAUUUCCUUGUGACACAUCAUAUAUUUCUGACCCUUUGGUUGUAUGUUCUUACUGCUACUUUAUUAUGUUUCGUCAGAUCUCUUGCCAAGUUAUUCAUCACCAUUCUUUUCUACUUAGAAACAUGUGGUUGAUGAAAAAAAUAGUUACUAGCCUGGAUCAUUUUGAAGGAGAUUGCAGGCUUUUGGGAAGGCUAAAGCUGUCAAAAGGUGUAAUGGAUGUAUGUUAAUUUCAAUAUCGGAGGCAAUUUAUGUCUCAGUAGCAGUUGCUGGGAAAGGCUAUCCUAUGUUGCUUGAGGGCUUUCCAGUGUCAUUUGGUUAAGCCACUGUGGAAGCAUGAUGGAUUAGAUUAGGAUUCUCAGUUUUUGUGGUGUGUCAGUUCCCUAAAAUGAUACAUUAAUUUGUUUGAAUGAUGCUUUUUUUAAUGAAAAAAAGCUACUCCUGAGUAGUGCUGAGUGCUAACUGACAGUUUGGUAUUGAAUGGAUUCCUUAUCCUUUAUCCCCUUAUAUACUUAAAACGAGACCUGCCAGAAUUUUAUUCCACUGCCAGCUUGUCCAGAAAAGGAAGGACUGAGUUCUUACAUGGCUGUGGAAGUUGUGGAUGGAGCUUUUGGGAGCCAAAAGCUGGGAUACAGGUCAUCAGACUUAACACUGGCUUUCAUCAAACUAAAUGUGAUUUUCAACCCCGAACAAAAGGUCUGACUUGGAUCUCUGUAUUGGAUUUUUUUGAACUUUGCCAGUCAACACAGAGGGAGUGAGUCAUGACUUCAUGUUCUGAGCUUGUAGAUUCCAAGGCUGAGCUCACUGCUUUGCUAGAGCAAUGGGAGAAAGAUCAUGGCAGUGGACAAGACAUGGUUCCUAUUCUUACCCGAAUGUCAGAGUUGAUUGAAAAGGAGACAGAAGAGUAUCGUAAACGAGAUCCAGAUCCAUUUGAUGAUAGGCAUCCCGGUCGAGCAGACCCAAAAUGUAUGCUUGGACACUUGCUGAGGAUUCUUUUCAAGAAUGAUGAUUUCAUGAAUGCACUGGUAAAUGCUUACGUCAUGACAAGCAGAGAACCUCCACUGAACACAGCUGCCUGCCGACUCCUGUUGGACAUUAUGCCUGGGCUGGAAACUGCUGUUGUCUUUCAGGAGAAGGAAGGCAUUGUUGAGAAUCUCUUCAAGUGGGCACGAGAAGCUGAUCAGCCUUUAAGGACAUUCGCAACUGGAUUGCUUGGAGGUGCCAUGGAGAAUCAAGAUAUCGCUGCCAACUAUAGAGAUGAGAAUUCCCAACUGGUGGCAUUUGUCCUUCAACGUUUGCGAGAGCUGCAAGUCAUUGAAAUGAACACCAAACAUGAAAAUAAGCGUCCCAGUCCUCGAAAAGUGCCAUCCGACCCCUUGCUGCCUCUAGAUGAAGAAGCUGUGGACAUGGAUUAUGGGGAGAUGGCUGUGGAUGGUGAGCAGGAGGAAGUGACGGGGGACAUGGAGAUUUCAUUUAACCUUGACUCAAAUCACAAGACAAGUAGUCGGGUAAAUUCUGCCGCCAAAAAAUCAGGGAAGCAACACGAAAAAGAGAAUUUCCGAAAAGCAAAACAAAAACUCGGCUUCUCUUCUGAACCAGAAAGGAUGUUUGUUGAACUGUCUAAUAGCAGCUGGUCUGAGAUGUCUCCUUGGGUGAUUGGCACAAAUUAUAACCUGUAUCCCUUGACCCCCGCCAUAGAGCAAAGACUGAUCCUGCAGUAUCUGACUCCUCUAGGGGAGUAUCAAGAGUUGCUGCCUAUCUUCAUGCAACUUGGAUCAAGAGAUUUGAUGAUGUUCUAUAUUGACUUGAAACGGACCAAUGAUGUACUGCUUACUUUUGAAGCCCUAAAGUAUUUGGCAUCUCUGCUGCUCCACAACAAGUUUGCAACGGAGUUUGUUGCUCACGGAGGAGUACAGAAGCUAUUGGAGAUUCCUCGCCCUUCUAUGGCAGCCACAGGUGUCUCCAUGUGUUUAUACUAUUUGUCUUACAAUCAGGAUGCUAUGGAAAGGGUAUGCAUGCAUCCCCACGUACUAUCAGAUGUUGUGAACUACACCUUGUGGUUGAUGGAAUGCUCUCACGCAUCAGGCUGCUGCCAUGCUACCAUGUUCUUUUCUAUUUGUUUCUCGUUCCGUGCAGUUUUAGAGCUCUUUGAUAGGCAUGAUGGCUUACGGCGCCUAGUUAACUUGAUUAGCACUCUUGAUAUCUUAAAUUUGCAAACCCAAGGUGCGCUGCUAAGUGAUGAUGAGAUCUUUGCUAGCCGUCAGACUGGAAAACAUACUUGCAUGGCCAUGCGCAGGUAUUUUGAGGCACAUCUUGCCAUCAAAGUAGAGCAAGUGAAGCAGUCACUUCAACGCACAGAAGGUGGAAUUCUGAUCCAUCCACAGCCUCCAUAUAAGGCUUGUUCCUAUACUCAUGAACAGAUUGUGGAAAUGAUGGAGUUUUUAAUAGAAUAUGGACCAGGUCAGCUCUAUUGGGAUCCAGCAGAGGUGUUUCUCAAGCUAUGUUGUGUACAGCUCAUGCUUCAACUUAUUUCAAUAGCCUGCAAUUGGAAGACUUACUAUGCAAGAAACGACACGGUGCGUUAUGCGUUGGAUGUUUUGGCCAUUCUCACUGUGGUUCCAAAAAUUCAAUUACAGUUAGCUGAGGCAGUGGAUACUGUGGAUGAGGGAGGAACAUCUAUUUCUAUAGUGGGUAUCAGCAUCAUUUUGGGGCUUGCCGAGGGUGAAUUCUUUAUUCACGAUGCAGAAAUCCAGAAAUCUGCCCUUCAGAUCAUCAUUAACUGUGUCUGCGGUCCAGACAAUCGUAUCUCCAGCAUUGGCAAAUUUAUCUCUGGCACACCUCGUCGUGCACUCCCCCAAACACCCAGGAAUAGUGAGCAUACUUUGGCCAAGAUGUGGAACGUGGUGCAGUCAAACAAUGGCAUCAAAGUGCUGUUAUCAUUGCUCUCUGUCAAAAUGCCCAUUACAGAUGCAGACCAGAUCCGAGCAUUGGCCUGCAAAGCCCUGGUUGGCUUGUCGCGAAGUAGUACAGUCCGGCAGAUCAUCAGCAAGCUGCCCCUGUUCAGCAGCUGUCAGAUCCAGCAGUUAAUGAAGGAACCUGUGCUGCAGGAUAAGCGCAGCGAGCAUGUCAAGUUUUGCAAAUAUGCUGCGGAGCUGAUAGAGCGUGUCUCAGGAAAACCCUUGUUGAUUGGGACCGAUGUCUCUCUGGCCCGACUGCAGAAGGCAGAUGUGGUGGCCCAGUCGAGGAUUUCAUUUCCUGAGAAGGAGCUGCUCCUUUUGAUCAGGAACCAUCUCAUCUCUAAAGGGCUAGGAGAAACUGCUACCAUCCUUACAAAGGAGGCAGAUCUACCCAUGACAGCAGCUUCUCAUUCCUCUGCCUUCACCCCAGUUCCUGCCACUUCAUCUCCUGUGUCUCUGCCUCGUACCCCUCGCAUAGCAAAUGGCAUUGCGGCCCGGUUGACUAACCAUCCUUCUGUUGCUUCUGGUGCUUCCUCUGUUCACCCUCAGCCAAGGCCAGCUGGCUGCCAGGGCCCACUUGCACUGCCAGGCCCAUCUCACGCCACCAACACCCCAGUGAUUGGCAGGAUUAGCUUUAUUCGUGAGAGACCAUCUCCCUGCAAUGGCAGAAAAAUCAGAGUGCUUCGGCAAAAAUCAGACCACGGCGCCUACAGUCAGAGUCCAGCUAUCAAAAAACAGCUGGACAGACACCUUCCUUCCCCUCCCACCUUGGACAGUAUAAUCACAGAGUACCUUAGGGAGCAGCAUGCGCGCUGCAAAAACCCUGUAGCUACUUGCCCCCCCUUUUCUCUUUUUACACCCCACCAGUGUCCUGAGCCAAAACAGAGGCGCCAAGCGCCAACUAACUUUACCUCGCGGCUGACCCGCAGGGCAGCCUUCCCAAAGUAUGGCGGGGUAGAUGGUGGAUGCUUUGAUAGACACCUUAUAUUUAGCAGGUUCCGUCCAAUUUCUGUGUUCCGGGAAGCAAAUGAAGAUGAAAGUGGCUUUACGUGUUGUGCAUUUUCUGCACGGGAGCGAUUCCUGAUGUUGGGCACCUGCACAGGGCACCUAAAACUCUACAAUGUCUUUAGCGGGCAGGAGGAGGCCAGCUACAAGUGCCAUAACUCUGCUAUCACGCACCUUGAGCCAUCCAGGGAUGGUUCUUUAUUGCUGACAUCUGCUUCCUGGAGCCAGCCACUUUCUGCAUUGUGGGGAAUGAAAUCUGUCUUUGAAACCAAGCAUUCCUUCACGGAUGACCAUUAUGUUGAGUUCAGUAAGCAUUCUCAGGAUAGGGUCAUUGGCACCAAGGGGGACAUUGCCCAUAUCUAUGAUAUUCAGACUGGCAACAAGCUCUUGACUUUGUUUAACCCAGAUCUUGCAAACAACUACAAGAAGAAUUCUGCCACCUUUAACCCCACAGAUGACCUUGUCUUAAACGAUGGUGUCCUCUGGGAUGUUCGCUCUGCACAGGCUAUUCAUAAAUUCGAUAAAUUCAAUAUGACCAUCAGUGGUGUUUUUCACCCGAAUGGACUGGAGGUCAUAGUGAACACAGAAAUUUGGGACUUGCGGACUUUCCACUUGUUACACACAGUGCCUGCUUUGGAUCAAUGCCGUGUUGUUUUCAACCAUACUGGGACAGUUAUGUAUGGAGCUAUGCUACAAGCAGAUGAUGAAGAUGAUUUGCUGGAAGAGAGAAUGCGAAGUCCUUUUGGGUCAUCCUUCAGGACAUUCAAUGCAACAGACUACAAACCAAUUGCCACCAUUGAUGUGAAAAGAAACAUCUUUGAUCUAUGUACGGACACAAAGGAUUGUUAUUUAGCUGUUAUUGAGAACCAGGGAAGUAUGGAUGCCAUGAACAUGGAUACUGUUUGCAGGCUCUAUGAAGUGGGCAGGCAGCGUUUGGCAGAAGAUGAGGAGGAUGAGGAAGAAGAUCAGGAAGAGGAGGAACAGGAAGAGGAUGAUGAUGAAGAUGAAGAUGAUACUGAUGACCUAGAUGAGCUGGACACUGAUCAAUUGCUGGAGGCUGAUUUGGAGGAAGAAGAGAACAAUGAGAAUGCCGGUGAGGAUGGAGAAAAUGACUUCUCCCCUUCCGAUGAUGAGGAAGUGGCCAACCUGCUUGAAGAGGGAGACGAAGGAGAAGAUGACGACUCUGAUGCAGAUGAGGAAGUUGAGCUGAUCCUUGGUGACAGCCAAGAUACGACUUCUCCAGGAAGACUUCUGAAGAUGUUUCACAGUAUAUUUUCUUUGUAUAAAGUUCUUUCCUAAAGAACAGAAUAGUUUUAUAUGAGACAAACAAGCAAAAAAAAAAAAAAGGAUAAAAAAAACAGGCAGGUAUUAUAAAGAAGGUGUGACUUUGUAUCCUUCUAAAAUUUAAUUACCCAAAUGGAUUUCUGGGAGAUUAAAAAAAAUAAAUUUAAAAAAAGCAAAGGGCAUUUUUACUGAAGAGUGGGAAAAAAUGAAUCAUGGAUUGUGAAACCGUGGACGAGUGAUUUUUAUUUUGAACAUGAUUUUUUAAUGGAGUUGUUGCUACCUGCUGUGAAAAGGUCUUUUUUUUUUUUUGUCUUAUGCCUCUUGUCCUGCCCAAAGCCCAGUGAGGCUCCGGCUGCAGAAGCCUUGGUGGAGGGCUGAAGGUCCAGUUUGGUCUUGUUUAAGAACCUGCCAUUGCUGGAGAUGAAGGACUUUGGCUUGCAAGCCUCCCUCCACCUAUAUAUAUCCUUUUUUUUUGACGUUGGCAUUUUUAAUCCUCUCUCCCUGUACCUGUCUUCCCUCUGUGAAAAUUACAAAUUGAAAUCCUUUUUCUUCAAUGUAAAUUGUAUUUAUUAAAAAAAAAUAAAAAUAA